UUUUUUAAUUUCAAUAUUAAAGGAGUAGUUUAUUUUGCGUAUCCAAAUUAAUCUGUGCUUUCAGGUUGAACUGUACAAGUGAGCCUAGCCAGCUAAGCGGCUAACUAGCGUGCUAUAAUGACAAUGUUAUUUGUCUUUUAGCUGUAAUCCGGUUUUAAUCGAUUAAAUAGUACUAUAUUACACGCCGUUUUGAUGUGAUAAUAAAUGAGCAGAUUUUGGAGAAUGGUUGUUGAAUCGUCGUAAUCGUUGUAAAAGCUGUAAACGUCAUGAAGUUUAAUGGCGGUAGCUUGUAGUGCGCUGGAUGUAGCUGGAUGUUGUGCGCUGUAGCACGACGGUAGGCCAUGUUGUUUCACCGAGCUAAGAAUGUGUGCUGUAACCGCUUUCAUCGGUAGCUAGCAUUAUCCUCACUGCUCGGAGGUAGCUGCUGACUCCAGUCGGCUUGACCAGGUUGAAACCGCUCCCAGCAGGCUGUACUAACGCAUUCCUUAUUUUAUCGUUGUUUUUCACCACAAAGGGUACGCGUUGUCGGUUAUGUAAGAUGGGGGACGCCUUUCCCGGGCUUUUCUUGCGAGAUGUCUCGGCGAUGGCCAGACCCCUCCUGGCUCGUGCUGACCAAGAAGGUCCCAAGCAAUUUUUUUUUUAUUCUGAGAAAGCGGUGCUCCUUGAGCAGCGCUAAGUUUCACUUAAACGGGAAGACGGAAGUCGUCAGGCUGGAGUGUGUCCUGAUGGCCGAGUCAGAGACUGAGUGUGACACACCAGGCCUUGACACGCUGGGGUCUGAGUGUGUCAUAACUCACACGCAAGUCGGUGACUUGCACUAUGCAGCGGAAACUGAGAUUAUGACCCAAGAGGACAAGAGGCUUGAUCUGGAAGCCAUUCAUGGCGAUCUUGGGGCUGUGGCUUGCGUUGAUGGCGUAACGGAGACAGACCAUGACUACAUUAAGUCUGAGGUACAUCAUGACCCACAGUACUUUGGAGGCGCAGACAUGAAAGGCAAUGAAGCUCUGCUUGGUGAAGUGCUCCUUAAGACAGAGAUGGGUGGAGCUUGUGCAGAGCACGUAGUGAAGGUUGAGACAGACCAUGGAGGAGAGCUGACAGUGGAGUCGGAGAACGGUGUCAUCAUUCACGAGGCCCAGGGCCUUCAGUGCAACGAGUGUGGAGAGAUAUUUGGCAGCAUGUCUGAUCUGCAUCAACACUUUGAAAUCCAUAAAGCAACCCAUCCCUACAUUUGUAUCCAGUGCGGUGAGAGCUUUGCUGUGGAGGCUAGUCUGAGGGGGCACAUGAAAAUACACAUGAAGGAGAAGGGCUACGCCACCACCGGUGUGGAGAUGGUUGGUAAAGGGGUCAUUGACGCAUUCAACCUCAAACCACAUCAGUUGAUGCAUUCCCCUGAAAAGCCACACAGAUGCUCUGAAUGCGGGAAGAGCUUUGCUGCAGCCAUCACACUCAGAGAGCAUAUGAAAAUGCAUUCUGAUGACAAGCCCUACAAAUGUACUCAGUGCAGGAAGAGUUUUGUCCGCAGGCGCCAUCUAAAGAAACAUCAGGAGCUGCACGCUCGUGAGAAGCCAUUUACCUGCCCUCAGUGUGGGAAGGGCUUUGCUACUGCUUCAAAUUUGAAACAGCAUCAGAAGACACAUGUUGGUGAGAAGCCACAUCGAUGCUCCCAGUGUGGCAAGUGUUUUGCAGCAGCAGCCACUUUGAGAGAACAUCAGCGAAUCCACUCUGGUGAGAAGCCCUAUAAGUGUACCCAGUGCAGGAAGAGCUUUGUAAGAAAACGCCACUUGAAGAAGCACCAGCUGGUGCACCAGGGUGGCAAGCCCUAUCGAUGCUCCCAGUGCGACAAAGGUUUCAAUCACUCCUCGUCCCUGUCACGACACCACAAAGUCCAUCUUGAGGCCAAAAUGUUCGCCCAGCCUGACAAGGAGUUCCCCUUUGAUACUCCUAUGAAGAGGGGCAUGCACACGGGUGAAAAGCCAUACAGCUGCAACCACUGUGAGAAGAGCUUCAGUCACUCUUCGUCGCUGUCCAGACACCAGAGAACUCAUUCUGAUGGGAAAUCCUACACUUGUGCCCACUGUGGCAAGAAUUUUAAUCAUUCCUCCUCUCUUGCAAGACACCAACGUGUCCAUUUGGAAGAGAAGACCUCUUACAGUGCUAUUCCCACAGGAAAGGGAUUCCCUCCUACUACCAUCCUGAAACAGAGGAUUCUGCAGAGUGAGAAACCAUACCGGUGUUCUCAGUGUGGAAAGGGUUUCAGUCACUCUUCCUCCCUCUCAAGGCACCACAGAAUUCACAUUGAUCAAGCUCACCACUAAGGUGGCUGUGGUAUUUUACAGUUUGUCCCAACUUCAUUUCAGGCCAGCCUAAAAUCAUGUUUGUUUUCAUAGAGCUAUGAUGAAAAUCUAACGUUUAUUCUGGGUCUAUAGAAAGAUCUUGAAGCUAUACUAAAAAUAAACUGGUUAAAUCCUUUAACUUCACAAUUUAAGAGCGAUGAAUUUCAAUAACUAGUAUGGUUGACUGAGCUGACGCUGAUCCUGCGCAGUGUGCAUAUAUAGCUUACUGCCUUCAGUUUGACAUCUGUAUGAUAAUGUAGCAAUUUCAUCCUUAAUGACCAGGUCAGUUAUGCUCUUACUCAUACCCCUGAAAAGAAAUAAGGGUGGAUAACUUCAGAGCCUGUUUAGAGCUUUAGAUGUAUAAUUGGUGACCAAGUAAAGUUUUUGGGAGACUGGAGGAACCCACCACCCACCACCAAAGUCCCAUGUAUCUUUACCCAUCGUGUCUUGUUCAUGGCCUGUUCAGAUGCUAUUGUUUGUAAAUAAGUGCUGGUUUUUAUAUACAUAUGUAUAGGUGCGUGUGCAGUUCUUUUACACAUUGAGCAUUUUGUAUGACCCAGUCUGUCUUAACCAUCUUUAUUUUGAAAAUAGGCUGGUACUUGCAAGUUUCACUGGCUUCAGGCAAGCUGUUGGCAAAGGUGCAAGUCUGCAUAAAAUUUUCACCGUUUGCUUAAACUUGAGUCACCACUGCUUUCAGCGGCAUUUAAAAUCGGCUGUAGCAUGCUUUCAGUGAUGAGCCUGUGGUCAGACGGCUUCAUUCUAAAAUGAGCUGCAAGAAAUUUUGACUUGUUGAGAGUGGCAAAUUUAGUCGUUCCUUUUGACUUGUCUAACUUACCGACUGACUUCAGAAUACCUAGUUUGACAGAAUUCAUUGUAUACUUGCAACUCAGUGUAAUUUGAUCUAAAUGUUCCCUCUGAAGCAUUGCUUAACUAGUUCCCUUUGGUACUCUACAACUUGUUACUAAUGGGUAAAUUGUGUACAUUUGCGUUCAAUUCUAAUGUCAUUGCUGUAGAACUAGUUCAGACAUCCAUAUAUAAAUAUAAUCUGUAGUUAACUGCAUACAUGCAGCAAAUUAUCAAAAUCUAGUGUAAGAUUGUGUAAUUAUUACAAUAAAAUAGCUUGCUCUUGAUUAAUUUCUUUCAAAAUUCCAUGAAGAUACACUUUCUACUUAAAGUUCUGUGUAUGGGGGAAGAUCUUUUACAUACUGAUGUAUUUUUUUAAUAUGGUUUGGGUAAUCUGAAAGGGAAAAGAGGAAUACUGUUUUUAUGGGAGUAAACAUAUUGAACUUUUUUCUUUUUGAAUAAUUGUGCUUCAACUCGUAGCAUAGGCUUUUUCAUUGUGUUAGAUAGGUGCCUUAUUGCAUGCUGAGUAGAAAUGUUUGUUGAGCUGUAAUAGAAGGAAAAAAAAAGUUUGGCUCUUCUCCCUAUGUUUGCAUACUAACCAACAUUUUACUUUUGACUUUAGGCAAUUUCUGUUUUGCUUUCUGUACAUGAAUAUACGUUUAUGCUGUUACUGUUGUCUUUUAAGUUCACUCAUCAGCUGGUUCUCAUUGUAGAAAAACUAAAGGUUUAAGAAAAGAGGUCACAACACCUUUUUGAUUCAUAUUUUGAUUGCCCUCUUAAAUGGUCAAAUCUUGUUCCAUGUCUUUACCCCAUCUUUGAGUGGCACACAUGGAUAAAUAAAGGUUCUUGACUACC